UGUAUGGUUUGAAUGACUUCAACAAGUUCCUGUUUCCUUUUUACAGAACUGAAUGUUUUUUUAGUCAGCAAGCGCCUGGAUUUUUCAUCGUGAUGUACAGCAGCUAAAGAAGUUAUUCUAAUCUAUACACUCUGCUUUCUACAGAAAUAAAAACGGUUAUAAGCUCCAAACAACAAUUAUAUUUCAUCUGGCAUUUUACAGUGAAAGUCUCAGCCUGUUGUAUCUGUGGAGCAUUCUCUUGAAAAGGCGACACCAGUGUGCUGGAUCCUGGCUGUCGUGUUCGAGGCUGAGCUGCAGGAAAAGCCCUGGCUGCACUAAGAGAGGAAAAGGGGGGAGUGUUUCAAACUCCUUUGAACAGGAAACCAGAAGGAAGGAUGACUUCUCACAACAUGACAUGGAUCAGCUACCCAAGCAAGAACCUGGCUUUCACCUCCCCAGAAGAAAUUGAAGACAUCAUAGCUUCUCAAAACAUCAUAUCCAGACUCAUGCACUGCUACAUCGCCUUUUUUGUGCCCACAGGAUUAAUAGCUGGCAUAUGUAUUUUGAUUGUUCUCAUAAAGAAUUAUGUGCAGCACAGAGUCAUAGAAAACUUGGACUUGCUUCUUCUACACUUCACCAUCAGCAAUAUUGUAAUGAUUUUUUUGUCAUUCACUGUCAUUACUAGACCCGACUAUUUAACAGCAACCCACCUCACCUGUAACGUGCUGUCAUUUUUUUUCAACUUCAGUUAUUUCAAUUCUCAGUAUGUUUUCAUUUUGACGCUUCUCAUACUGUUACUCAAGAGAUUUCCACCACGGACUGCUCUCUGCAAAGCCACCCAGAGACCCAUCCUGUGUGUUGGAAUUGUUCUCACAUACACCUUCUGUUUGUCCCUGACUGAGGCAGUGCUGGUUGGCACUGACAACUAUCACCUGGAAACAGACUGCCAGUUAGAUCCAUUGUUUGCAUGGCCUGAAUACGAGAUCAUUAAAUUCACAUUUGGGUUUGGAAUCCCACUGUUCCUUCAGAUACUCUGUUUUACUGUUCUCUUGGCUAAAGCAGCACCUGCUGAAGCUCCAGCCUUACAACAGCACAUCCGUACUUACCCUGCCGUGUAUGUGAUCAGCGUAACAAUGUUUAUGUGCCGCCUGUUUUAUAACCUCAUGCUUCUCUUCAGGACAACACUGAAAUUCCAGAAGAGCACUGGAACCACGAAGAACGAGCUUAUGAUGAAUAUUGCAGAAAUAGUGUUGUUCUGCGAGAGCUGUGCUAGUUUGGUGUUUAUACUUAGUUUUCAUAAGCCAUGCAAGGAUGAAAUACUCAAAGUCAUACAGAACUGCAGAAGAAAAACCACUGCCAACAAUCACCAUGAAAUACCAGAAACAAACAUGCCUCAUGAAAGAGGGUCUCAGUAAUAAUGUUCUGAACAGCUGUCAAUCCACUUUACUUUUCAGCUUGUUUGUGGGUUUUGGUUUGGGUUUUCACUUCUUUAAAAAAGGGUGAUUGUUCCUUCUUUAGAACCCAAACUUGGCCCAUCUUACAGCUAGCAGUACUGGAAGAAAAAAAGAUCUUUAAUUCUAGUAUUUAUAGUGAUCUUUGAGAGAACAUGUAGGGUCUGGGGUUGUUUGGGGUUUUUUUUAUGUAUAUAUACACAUAUAUAUUAAAAUCAUCUAUUUUCUGCAAGUGUUACUUCAAAGCCAAGUAGGAAGAUGAGUCCUGCUGCCAUAGAACUGUGCUUCUGCAAUAAUAUCAAUGCCCCAACAAAGCUACAAACAAAAACAUGGCAGAAAGCAACUCUGAACAAAAGCAAAAAUCCUCAGCCAAAGCAUUCUCUCAGGUAUGCUUCCUCUUUUGACUUCUUACCCUACAAACUAUUUUUAUAACACUGGUUAAAUCCCAGUAGCAGCAGCAGUGAAGUUUUUGUAUGACUUCUUGUCCCCCCCCAAAAAAAAAAAAUUCAAAUUAAUGGAAACGCUGGUCCAUAAAGAAAAGCUUUGGGUCCUUUGUGAGGCAUUGAACUGGAAAGAUCAACAGGAUGGCUAAUUAAAACUUUGUGCAAGAAUGAAAGCUUUUUGUUAAUGUCCUCUCAGCUUCCACUUUUCAUUUAGACUUAGGGCAAUUAUUGAUUUAAGCCAUUCCUGGUGAGUUCAUUCAGGAGUAUGAAGUCGCAUGCAUUGGAAGAGUCACAUUCAACAAUAUACUAAAUAAAAACCAGAGAAAUACCAGUCUAGAACAGUGUAACUGAGGUGUGUUUUUAAGAGGGCAAACAAAAGCAGAACCUUAGGUCCUAAAUGAAAUCAAAGCUCUACUGGAAAAAAGACAGAAGCAUUGUACAUGUAGAUGAGAGUUGAUGGGUCAAUGGUGCAAGAAGGGGAAAGAAUCUGAAUCAGAAUUAAACAGCAGUGGUACAGGAGGUGGGAUGUAGCCCUGCAGAAUCAGUAGCUGAUGCAGCUGAGAGGUAGGUGCAAAGCUGUGAAUGCUCACUUUGAGAACAUUGUUGCUGUCACCAAAUCUGGCCAGGAGCCACCUUACACAUUUGGCUUUGGUUUCAGCUUUUCCUCUCAUAGAGGUGGAGAGAACGGAAACAGGAAUAGCACAAAAUUGUACUAGAUCUUGGAUAAUGACGUCAGCUUAGAUCACAAAGUUAUAAAAAUACGGUGCUGUGAGGCUCAAGCAACUUGAAGAGUUUUGAGAAAACUCAUUUUUAUGCUUAAAUCCGUUCCUUCGCGUGACACUCGGGUGCUAACGGAACUGACAGGUUUUUUUGCAGUUGUAUCCUUUGAAAGGUCUUCCUGAUGGGGUCCAGAUUUGCAUGGGGAGCUGGUGCAGAUCAGCAUGGGCUGCCUAAGAGAGAAAAGCAGGAACCGAUCGAUGAAGAUGAACAUCUUCCACAAAACUACAGCCAAGUGCAGAAAUGGAAGAAUAAAGGACAUUUGUUCAAUAAUAAUACAGAAUAUAGAUUUAGUAUCUAGAGAUACAGAUCUAGUCUUAGUCAUCCAAGUCCUGGAAUGUAUAGACCACGACUGUAUCACACGCAAAUAAAGGGCAAUAUGUAGUUUCACUAUGUCUGCAAGGACCAACAUUUCUGCAAGAUGUAAAAGUCAACUGGUAAGAUGUCUGCAUUGCAUUGUGUCAGCCUGUUUUCCUGUUCAAUUUUGUUCUGCUGCCAGCAUGAACAGAUGGAUAAUUAAAAAACUCUGCAUAUAAACAGAUCAUUAUAGAAUGUGGUCAGAAAGGAAGUACGUAGAUAAGAAUCAUCUCUUGGAAUAUAAGAGCCAAAUUCAUACUUGUGAAAGGAUUCUCAGAUGGCAUCAGAGGUUUUGUUUUGCACCUGAGAAGAGGGGGAUUAAACAACACGGACCAAAGAUCAGCCCUGCAGAAAGACGUUUGAAGAGAUGAGUUGUAAGAGCUGUACAUCCAUGGAAAAGCUGACAGACUGAGUGAAGGAGAAUGUCAGAAGAUGCAAGCUGUUUAUCCCUCAGUGUCAUAGUUUCAGCUGUGCCGUGGAUAAGAGGUCUAUUUUUUAGUAUUGGAAUUAUGCACGAAUAAUUCUACUUUAUUUACAGCUUCCAUCUCUUUUAUAUUUAAGGAUGAAAGAAUAAAUACUGUGUUGUUUCUGAGUCCUGAAUUACUGUGAAAGGUGCCUAAAAGAAAACCUGGUCAGUAACUGGCUGACACCUGGAAACUGGUCUAAUGGUGAGUGAAUCGUGGUGACACACCUGGAAGGAGCCAGAAGGUUGAGCAUGGGUGGAAGGUUGAGCAUGGAGAGGAGGAUGCUUCAUCAUACUCUCAGCAAGGUGGCAUCCACUGCAGCUCUGCACACCUAAAGGCAAGUUUUUUACCGAGAGAACAGUGGAAGUUGGCACAUCCUUUACGUGUGUACCCAGCAAGAACCAGCCUGCUGCUCUGUCUGGAGGAAAAUCAGCUCUGGAGAAAUGGAAUUAAGGUCCAAGGAUGUUCAUUGAUUAUUAAAAGAAAACAAAUGGAGCUAAAAUUCUACUGCCUUCCAGCUUGCAUGAAGAAACACUGUUGAUGAAAAGCUUUUAUUAAACAGACACAAGUACCAUCAUGGUAAAAAGAUUCCUACAUGAUCUUAAGGCACACAAGAACUGUAAAUUCUCACAUUUACAAUGUAUAUAGUGUCCUGUAAAACAAAUUAAGACAUUUACUAUUUGUAGUGUUAUAUUUGGGUCAGUUUUAAGUCUAAUUAAUGUGACUUCUAAAGAAUUUAAAUUUUCUAUACAAAAUUCUGCAUCUUUUUCAACUCCAAUCAAAAAUGCUUACUAGAAGUUUAGUUGAAGACAACCAAAAAUCUGAUUUUUUGGUACUGACACCAAACUGUGAUUGCUAAUACCUUUUCUACAGAUAUUUUAACCAUGGAAACUUAUUCUGCCUCAAUAUCACCUGUUAUAUGUAACAGCACAACUUUUAACCUGAAUGGAUCCCAUUUGUGUAACGAAAGCAUAUCCUCUAGAUUAGCAGAUAAAUCAGAACACCAACAAUACGUUAUUGGUCUUUUCUUAUCAUGUCUUUACACAAUAUUUCUCUUUCCUAUCGGUUUCGUAGGAAACAUUCUGAUACUGGUUGUCAACAUAAGCUUUCGGGAAAAAAUGACUAUCCCAGACCUUUACUUCAUAAACCUCGCAGUGGCCGAUCUCAUUUUAGUUGCUGAUUCUCUCAUUGAGGUGUUUAAUCUUGAUGAAAAGUAUUAUGAUAUCACUAUCAUUUGCACCUUUAUGUCUUUGUUCCUUCAGAUCAACAUGUAUAGCAGCAUUUUCUUUCUGACAUGGAUGAGUUUUGACAGAUACCUAGCCCUGGCAAAAGUAAUGAGGUCCAACAUAUUCCGCACUAUGCAGCACGCUAGACUGAGCUGUGGGCUCAUAUGGAUGGCAUCCAUUUCUGCAGCUCUGGUCCCAUUCACAGCCGUGCAUUUACAACACACCGGAGAGGUCUAUUUUUGUUUUGCAGAUGUAAAAGAAAUCCAGUGGUUAGAAAUAACCUUGGGGUUUAUUAUCCCCUUUGUGAUCAUCGGUCUCUGUUACUCGUUAAUUGUGCGAGUUCUUAUAAAAGCCCACAAGCACAGGAGUCUUCGUCUGCGGCGGCAAAAGGCUCUUCGCAUGAUUUUUGUUGUGGUCUUGGUUUUCUUUAUCUGCUGGUUACCUGAAAACGUCUUCAUUAGCGUCCAACUUCUCCAGAAGAAAAACGAGCCCGUCUCUUCAAACAGCCCAUCCUUCAGACACGAUUAUCCUUUAACAGGACACAUUGUGAACCUGGCAGCUUUUUCUAACAGCUGUUUGAACCCCUUAAUUUACAGUUUUCUGGGGGAAACCUUCAGAGACAAACUGCGACUGUACAUUGAACAGAAAACAAAAAUGUCAACAUUACAUCGCUUCUGUCAGGCUGCCCUGACGUCUGUCAUCCCUGACAGUAACGAGCAAUCAGAAGUCUGACUUAGUAGUCGUUGUAUAAAACAUAUGACUGUGAAGUUGUGCAAAUAGAGAACAAAAUGCUUGCUAGUAACAGAAAAAAGUGCAUUUGUGAAUAUAUAUAUAUAGUGUAUCGCUCUACUGAGUAUUGAAAGUUUAUAUUCAAAAUGUUUUUAUGACAAGACUUUGAUGUAGAAGAAUAUGUUUUAGCCAGAUUUAUAUUUAAUUAAGAACAGGAUUAUUAAAAGCUGAGCACUGAAGAAGCUUUAUUUUGUAUUAUACAUGUAUGAAUGACAAUAGAGGAGAAAAUUUUAUCAAGUUAGGAAGACUCUAGAUGUAAUCUGAUUAUCAGAGAUUCUAUUUUCCUGGUGUAUAUAACUUCCACUGAAAUAAUGAAGCUGCCCUAACAGUGGGGAAAAAUCAUUACAACAUAUUGACGUGGAGAUGCAGAAAACAUUGAUUUUUUUCCAUCCAAACAUGUUAAGAUAAAUGACUUUGCUUAGAAGAACUAAAUACUACUAUUGUCACUGUACCUGAGCAUGUCUUCCAUGAUUAAGUUUUUUUUUAAUCAUAAUAUAAUCAAGCACAGUGGUGAGUUUUCGUCUCCUAAAUGUAGACUGCUGUUUACAUGUUUACUUGAUCAAAACCAAAAUCAUCUGUAACUAUAUUGCUCAUCUCAAAGAACUUCACAUAAGCAAAAUGUAGUGCUUCAUUCUGUCUUUUAGGGCUGACCCCAACCAUCUCUCCCAGGACAGACAUAAUUGGGCCUUGUGUUAAAAAUGCCAGUGCACAUACACAUACAUUCACAUCUGCCUUCAGAACUGAAUGCAUGUUUCACGAGAUCUCUUUACAUUCAAAAGGUCUAUUUUGAUUGCCAGAACAAAAUGCUGUGAUUUUUACAGAGGUGUCGCUGCAAAAGGGUGUAAAUAGUGCUUAUGAAAACAACAGAAGCCUCUAUUUUUAGAAAGGAAAAACUUACGUAAUGGGGAGUGUGAUUGGCAAUUAUCAGAUUUGCACCUUGUGCACUGUCCAUCCCACCUCCAGAGAACACUGGCCUUUCAAGGUUUUAAGAUGUAUGUAGGUUGCUUUGCUCAUUUGAAGAUUAAUUAUAUUAAGCGAACAAAUUAUAGUACCACUUACUGGAAAACAAUAGUGUCUCUUUUCUUCUAGAAAAUAAUUGGGUUUUAAAUCUGAUUGAUGUUUAGCACAAGUUACUGCUGAACUUGUUCAGAGGAAGCUAUAAAGUUCCUAGAGAUUAGUGUGCAAGAUCAUUAAAACAUCACUUGCUGCACCUCUGAGGUGAACAAACCCAUUUCACCUCUGUGCUUAUUGACUGAAGCACCAGAACUCUGCAGAAUAAGAUGCUUUGUCCUAUUUUUAAAUGUCAUACAUGAAUUAAUUAGCACAAUAACAGAUUUUAAAGCAUUUUUAAACGUAGAUCCUUAAAACAAUGACUGAAGCUAAUAAAGCAAUAAAGAAAACAGUGAAAACAACGAUUCCACUCAUAUUUCUCAUGAAAUAUCUCGAGCUUCCUAGUGGAAGU